CAAGUAAAGGAAAAUACCUGAGUGGUAAUUGUGGCAAAAGGGUCCAAUUGUAACCUGCACUUAUUAAUUUACUCUAAUACGGCAUCUGCUCUUCAGCUGCUAGGUACUAAACUACAACCCAAGCUGUUUAGCUGUUAUGUAAUGCUAUGUGGAUCAGCUUUCAGUGCUCCUGUAUUCAGUGAUUAAUAAUGUUUCAAUCUAUUUUAUUGUUGGAGUGACUCAAGAGGAGAGAAAUUCAUAGCACUGCAUUGACUAUUCAGCAUAUAAAAAAUUUAUACUAUGGUUCAUCGGAAAUCUAAUUAUGUGUUGACUUUUAAAAAUAUAAGUUCCCAAGACAGGCAGAAUCUCUAUGAAGAAAACAAAAUCAGCAGGCAUUUGUAUGGAACUGCUCAUCAAAUUCACCAACCUCUCCCCUACGAAGAUGAUGUGUGUGAGUGCGAUGACAUUGGCAGUGCUAAAAAAUCCUCUCAUGGUCACGAAAAACAGUGGGAGGCUACAAGAUCCACUAGACGAGUCUUCACUAGUGCUUCUAUGGGACCUGUCAGACCAUCUCAUGAAGCAGCAAGAACAUCAAUGGCUAAACAGGCUAUCUCUAAAAAUGCAACUAAUAUUUCAAAGUUCAUCAAUGAAAGGAGAUUAAACAAGUCCCUCAAUUCAGACUUACUGAAGAAGUGUCUCUUUUGUGGCAAGGAAUUUUAUUCAGUAAAUGAUCAGCAUUUGAAUGAGAGCUGCCAGAAGGAAGGCAAAAGUAGUAGUACUACCUACCAGCCAGUGAAAGAGAGUCCACCAAAACAUUUUUCUGAAGCCACAAGUGACCCACCAGACAUGAAAUAUAAAUCAUCUGUUAAUUUAUCAUCUCCACAAAUGCAAACACAACAACUCGAUAACAGUACUCAAAUAGAUGAUGCUGUGGGGGCCAUGGAAGAAAUAAAUGGCACCACAGAAAAGAAUGUGCAUUUUUCUAAAUUCAACUCAGAGCAAUGCUUUUUGGGUGUCCUCAAGUCUCAUCCAGUCUUUAAGGAAUAUGAUCUAUUGCCUGCGACGUCUUCACUCUGGCGACCGAAAUUGAAACUUGACAGACGCCUGAACUGGAACGCCCAAGGGGACCGACCCCAAGUCCCUGCUGGUAAUCAAAGUUCCAAGUCCAAAAAAGGACUUCAAAACGCCAUCUCCAGCCAGCAGCGGCUGAGCUCAUCUACUGGCAAUAUUGCUGCACAAACUGAAGGAGGUGGACUUAGGGCCAGCAGCAGCGUGCUGCACUCCAGGGCUCGGCCGACGCUGCGCACGGCUGCCACGGGACCCUCUGGGGCGACCGCCGUGCGCCCCAGAGUCGUGAGGAGCAGCAGCUCUCCUGCGCCGCGCUAUGGGGGCGUCACGACCUGCCGUCACUGCAGCAACCUCUACUGGGGCCGGUCUCAUUAGCAGCAACCUCUACUGGGGCCGGUCUCAUUAGCAGCAACCUCUACUGGGGCCGGUCUCAUUAGCCACGGCUGCAGCUCCUCGAACUGAAUUCUUGCUUCAUCUCACUGCCACCUCUAUAAUGAUUAGAUUGCCUGUAAUUUUCCCGUUCAUUCCUGUCUUGCUGGAAAAUCAUAUACUUUCCAUUUCUGAAAAGUUUUGUAAUACAUUGUUCUUGCAGCUUAUCAAUCACAGCUGUUUGUAACUUCAAAAUAAUUUGUAUCGUCAGAUUUUUUUUUAUUGAACAUCGAUAGCUCCUAGAACUCAUAGUUUCAUCGCCUGUUAUGCCGAUCGCUAUAACGGUCAGCUUUUUUUUCAUCGAGUUCUGUGGUGAAUAACUAAAAUGUGCCUUCUCUUGCAUUGAUCAAUAUUUUGUUUCCUCUUGUAUCUUUCAAAUAUGGAUCCAAAUUCUUGGAGUUUGGAUCUGUGAGGAAAAUUUACUGGUAGUUUUCUGUUAAUGCUGGUAUUUUGAGUUCUUACUAGUGUGCUGGUGCUGUUGCCUACCCGAUUGAUUGUGCUCACCAGUGUUUGACUAGGUCAACUGGCUACAUAUUUUGGCUGAUGGUGAUAUUCGUCAUCAAUAAUUAGCUCAGCACUAUCAUGUUGGGUUGGAUGCUUACAAUUUUAUUUCCGUCCAUCCUCAGUUAGGUCGUAGUUCAUUUUGACCAAUCGUAGAAGAAAUUUUCAUGCCUGAGAUUACCUUGUAUUUUUUUCGGUGAUCGACUGUUGCCCUCAUAUUAAUGUGUC